AACAGAUCACAUUUACUGCUUGGUCACAUAACGCAAAAUCUCCCUAGAAGUUUUUGGUUAAACUAAUUUUCCAUUGUUUUGCAGUCAUCCAACUCUCUGAAGGCAUCUUAUGAAGACUGGCUGCUGACGUACGGCUUGAGCGUCUCUCCUUUUCACAUGCGAUGGCAAACAGCUCUCUUCAACCGACAGUUCUACAACUGGGGGAGAUGGAAACCGAGAUUUCUGUAUUUAUGGUUCAGCAUAGGAAUGGUGUUUGGUAUACUUGCUAUGUUUGGCUCUGUUAUUCUUCUCGGAAAGACGCUGAUGCAGACACUGACACAGAUGCUCACCGAAGCACCAAAAGCCCAGAAUGAUCGUAUGCUGCAAGUUGUGGUGCCUGGUGUAAAUUUGCCUGUCAGCCAGCUGACCUAUUUCUUCUCUGCAAUCCUCAUCAGCGGUGUGAUACAUGAAGUCGGCCAUGGGGUGGCAGCUAUUCGAGAGCAAGUACGAUUUAAUGGAUUUGGGAUUUUUAUCUUCAUUGUCUAUCCUGGAGCAUUUGUUGACCUCUUCACAACCCACUUGCAACUGAUAUCGCCAGUCCAGCAAUUAAGGAUAUUUUGUGCAGGAGUGUGGCAUAAUUUUGUUCUCGGUGUUGCAAGUUUCCUGGUUUUAUUUCUGCUGCCAGCCAUUCUUUUCCCUUUCUAUUACACGGGUGUUGGGGCACUUGUCACUGAGGUCGCAGAGGAUUCUCCUGCCAAUGGACCAAGAGGUCUUUUUGUGGGAGACCUUGUCACUAACCUACAAGACUGCCCAGUUUAUAAUGUAGAAGACUGGAAUUCCUGUCUGGGAGACAUUUCAGAGAAGUCACAGGUUGGCUACUGUGUAAGUGCAGCCACCCUACAGCAACUAAGCUUUCCAGCUAGAGCAUUCUCCAGGAGAAACUGGAUGCUCAUGGAUUGGAUGGACAUACUCUUUGCUGUCUAUAGAAGACUCGAUGGCACAGUUGAAUGUUGUAGUAACAACAGCCUCACAGACAUUUGCUUUUCAUAUAGCAAUAACUUGGACAGCCACCUGUAUGCCUGUCUGCCAGCACGAAAAGUUAUCGAGGCCAGCAAAGUUUGUCGAACCAAUGUGGACUGCCAGAAGGACUUUGUACCAGGCUUUUGUGUGACUCCUUCUCUAGAGAACCAAACAAGGCUAAUCAGGGUAAAACAUCCACCCCAUAUUGACAUGCUGUAUGUAGGACACCCCAUGCAUCUUCAAUACACAGUAAGUCUCAGCAGUUUUGUACCACGACAAAACUUUCUAAGCAUCGAUCUGCCUGUGGUGAUAGAAACAUUUUGCAAGUACCUAAUUUCGCUGUCAGGAGCACUGGCAGUUAUCAAUGCUGUACCCUGCUUCGCUUUGGAUGGUCAGUGGAUAUUAAAUUCAUUCCUGGAAGCCACUCUGAGCUCGCUGAUUGUAGAAAAACAAAACAGAGAGCUUGUUGGCUUUUUAAUUUUGCUUGCUGGUAGUGCACUUUUGGCUGCCAAUGUUGCACUGGGACUUUGGAUGGUGACAGCACGAUAGAACAUUGGAUGCACUUCCAUCAGUUCUCCAAAUACACAGAAAUAAUGAAUCCAUUGCCUUUUCAAACUUGUUCAGUACUGAGAUUGAAAUAAUUCCCUUAAAAUGACACUGAAAGAACAAUCACUGGUGGCUGCUGUUUUAAUUUAAAACUGUACAACAUUGUGCCUGUGGUGAUGGGAAAGAACAGAAAGAAGUAGGAACCUUUUUAUAUACUCUUUAAGCACUGUACUGAUUUUGGAGAAAUUGAAUUGUAAAGUUUCAGAGGAAAAAGCCUAAGACUUCAUUAAUUGAGGUCUCAAGGGAAUUAUUUGGCCUCAAACAUUUGUAAAAUGGGAGAAAAAAACACUUAGGUUUUAUGCUAUAAUUUGAAUUAUUGUCAGAAGAUCUGUGUGGGCUCUGAUCACUUCUCAGUCAGCAGUCUUGAGUGUCUUGUUCUGUUUUUCCAAUCUGGUAUUUUACCAAACUGGACUCUUAAGAAGCUGUAAAGCCUGAUCUCAAAAUGGUGAAAAGCUAGGUAAAUGCUUAGCAGGUGUUAAUGAGGGGAGAGAGGCCAUAUGGGUUAGUAUCUUCCCUUUUUAGCUGGCCAAAAUGACUGGAAGGAUGUUGUCCUCAGGAUGUAGAUGAGAAGUGCCGAUGUCUGUUAAGAACGAGGCAUGUGGGAAGAUAACAAAGCCCACAUGUCUGUGUUUCCUACACAUUCAGUUGUAUACUAUCAUAGGCAGCUGAAGAUUUUUUAAAGGCAAUAUUUGUCAGCAAUAGCUGUGAGGUAACUGAAAUUUAGUUUCUGAGUGCUGAAGUAUGCUGUGCACAAUUAUUCCUAAGUGAUAAGUAAUGUUUGUGUUGUUUUACUCAGAUAAUAAUACUGUUAUACCUGUUUACAGUUAAAAGUGAAACCUGUUGUUUUUAUGGUGUCUGUCUUCUGAUGCUAUGCAUGUAAUAUGUACAGUAACUCACUGAUGGUUUUCUGUCUUUCAAAGGGUUGUUUUCCUUUGCUAGGAUUCAUGCUGUUCAAAGACAGCUAACAAAGAUGUUUAGCUGAAGCUGGUCUUGGAUCAGAAUUGUUUAGAGGAAGAAUGUGAUUGUGAAUUGAACCGUUUAAACAUUUGGCUUUGCUUUCUGAAAUGAAUACAGACCAUGUCCUUGUUCUUAAAUGAACAGCAGAAGAACAGUCAGUGUUUUGCUGACUGAAGUAUGUCUGACAUACUUUGAAGCUCUAUAAGUCUGUAAUAUUUUAUCCCAAUAGGAUUAUACAUUAACUGUCAUGUUCUCCUGUGAUAUAUUGCCUAGCUCAUACAACUUGGGUUCAGUCAGAGCCUUGCUUCAAUAUAGGCUGAUAUUAACAACAAAAUAAAAAUGCUCCCAUUUGGGAGCCUAAAUAUUUGAAAUAGGAAAAUUUUGGAAAAUGCCCUGCAACUUCUGGCUCAUACAAUGCUCCCCAUAGGAGCCGCUGCAGCUCAGAGUUGCUUUACAGAAAUGGCCUUUCCACCAGGAACUAAGCUCACAGAUACUGGCCUGCAGGGAGUGCUGCAGCAUGCAUGACCAGCUAACGUAAAUUCUCUUGGUGGUAGAGGUAAGAGCCUGGGUAAUUCUAAAGCAGAGCUGAGCCCAAUUCCUGGUGCUACUGCAUGGCUUUGUAGCUAUGAUGUUUGCAUUUGCAUCAUACUUUUUUGAGAGGUAUUCUUUUCUGAAGAUGAUGCAAGCAGUAAUGAGGGAGCUUGGUUGUUUAUUUGUUGUUGUGUUAGUUUACUUACCUCCCCAGUGCUGUCACAGGCCAGGUGGGCCUCUUGAUGUUCACCUCUGUGGGGUGGUGGGCCCGUGCCUCUCAUUUUCAAUCGUUUCAACCCAGGCAUGUUGGGACAGAUCCCAGUAAGAGAGAGUAAAUCCUCCUCCAGUCAAUCCAGCGUGAGUAGGUCCCUUUGGGGACUGUUAAAAGUAAUACCAAAUGCAAGAAAGGAAAAACAAAACUAUCAGAAACUACCAGCAGGCUUCUCUUUCUUCAGGAGACACCCUGAAAGUCUAACUCAUCAUCACUAGUGGGAACAUGUAGAGGCUUCAGGGUAGCACUUCUGAUGGGCCACUCUGCCAUCUCUCCGUGGCCAGGAGGGGUAGGAGCUGCCUGGCUCUUGCACAAAGCCCAACUCAAGCUACACUCUGGAAGCCUGCUCACUCACCUAAGUGGCUGCUUACCAAUCUGAGGUCUUCCUUUCAGUGGCUCUGUGCCAUUUUCCUCUGCUUCUGUGUCUGGUUCAAUCUACAGUGCACAAAAUUAAUUUGUGCUUAGGAGUUUUAAUGCAGUUUAGAAAGACAGGAUUAUUAGCUUUUCAAAACAGCUAGUAUUUAUGUAUCAGAGUUGCAGUGCUGUCUUACUAUCUAAAGCAACAACAAAUGCAUCUGCGGUGAUUCAAAAGUAUUCUGUGAAAAACAUUCCAAGUUGAUCCUUUAUAUAUUCAUUGUUGACUACAACUGCUUGGAACGAUCUUGUAGCACAGUACCCCUCCUGGAGAUGUAGGCAAGAGAUUUAAAAAAGCAAAGUUUCUGAAUUAACAUACACAAGCUACAUCUGCUCUAACAAGGCUGGCAGGUUGUUCCUGGUUAUUUAAUGUGUGACCAAACCACGAUGUUUUAUCAAAGGAAACUAAAUCCAAUUUAUUUCACUUCACGCAAUCACCAAAAGCCACAGUUACACUAAGCAGAACUUCCAUCUGUGUUUGACCUCAUAAUCACAAAGAGAGUGGAGAAGACAUCGGUUAUGGUUUUAGCAAAACAGACACACUAGUACGCUGUAAAGACCUUGGUUAUCUUCUGUGGGGGAGAGAAUACUAGAAGCUUUUAAAAAGAAUUCAUGGGUGCAUUUCUCCAUGUGCUGGAAUUCUACUGAAUAAGGGUCGAUUUGAAUCAAAACUUUAAGCAAACUGGGUAUGAAUGGUGACGCAGCGCAUCUUGGAUUACCUGUGGACAAAAGUAAUAGUUAAGUUGGACCACUCUGUG